AUGCUUCACUCUUCCAACAAGCGGACAGCACAAGAUAGACUUCAUAAUGAACGUCCGGCAAAGAGACUUACUACAUCUUCCCCAGAGGAAGGCGAAGUCGAUGACUCCUCGCCACCUUCUCCACUAGCACACCCAAUGAUUCCCCUGCCACCUAAACCUGCUCCUUCAAAGUUCGAGGUCAAGGUCAAGUUUCCUUUCAAGAAGAAAACAAAUGGUGCAGAUGUUCCCGGUCCUUCUACUCAGAGAAUUAGUCCUAUGAUGGACAGAAGGCAUGGUCCUGUGGUCUAUGAGAGAUCCGAGGACGACGAGAGGCGCAUUCGGGAAGAUGACCACCGCAGUAUUAGGUCUAGGAGUCACUAUGAACAAUCCCGCAAAAGGGGUGGCGCUCGAGUGGAUGAUCAUUGGCAGCCUUCAUAUAGUAGAGAAGGCGACCGUCGUCCCCCUCCACGGGACCUUCCGCGGGACCCUUACAGGCCUGUUCAUGACACCUAUAUCCCAGCGCGGGAUAGAUAUGACGGUCGUGUAUAUGGAAGGGAACGCGAUAUUUCUUCCUUGUCAUCUCAUUCACCCGACCGCUCUCGUUCCCCGUCCUCCUCUUCGUCUUCACACCGGGGAAAACACAGAUUACCUUCACGUCGAUCUCCGGCGGUUAAUUAUAGCCCACCUCGUCGUGACUAUGGCGUAGACAGGCUCCAUGACCAAAGAAUGCGUGAUGGGGGCUGGGAACGCGCCCGUCAUGAUGACCAUAAUCGUUGGGCGGCACCGUUAGAAAAUGACAACUACUCGCGGAAUGACGACCGUUUCCGUCGUCCUAUGCGCCACUCACCGCGUCGCGACCGUUCAUGGGACUCUUAUGAUAGGGAACACCCAAGUCACAUUGAAGGAGGACGCGAUACCGAUCGCGAUUCCUACCAUACGGAGAGUUACCGUUCCGCGGCACCGCGUGCUCACGAUGAUGACCGUGACGACCAAUAUCGUCCUGUUUCUCCCGGUAUAUCCCAUCACCCUUCCCAGUGUCCUCCGUCACCUUCGGCGAUGAGUCCUGUACAUGUUCCCCACACACCACCACCUCCGCCUUCUUCCCCGCCCCCCGCCCCCACCCCUGAGCGGCCCAAAGAUGAUACUUUACCUCCUCAUGCGGCCAUCUCGAUUGCAAUUCCUUUGAAACGGCCUCCAGCACCUAGAGACGACCACUCGCCAUCGCCACUUCCUCUUCCAUCUGCUCAUGAAGAGCUGGUGAAAGAGAAGAAGGAUACCGCGGUGGACGCAACGCCAAGACUACCACUUGUAGAGCAGAAGCGGAAACGUGCUCCUAUGCAGCGUACGAGGAAGCAAGAGCUAGAGGCAUACGGUCAUGUCUUUUUAGGUUGUGGUCAGCAAAGCGACUAUGAUGCCACUGCUAAACUCGGAGAAGGUACUUUUGGAGAGGUUCACAAAGCAGUUCAGCGCCUAUCCGGGCGCCUUGUAGCUCUCAAACGUAUCCUUAUGCAUAAUGAGAAGGAGGGCAUGCCCGUAACUGCCUUACGCGAGAUCAAAAUUCUCAAGGCAAUGAGCCAUCCAUGCAUCAUCGAUAUCUUGGAUAUGUUCGUCGUCCGUAGUAAUGGCAAAAACUCGCCCCUCUCUGUUUACAUGGUGUUUCCAUACAUGGAUCACGACCUUGCUGGCUUACUAGAGAACGAACGCGUAAAGCUCCAACCCAGCCAUAUCAAAUUAAUCAGCAUCCUACACCGAGACAUGAAAGCUGCAAACCUGCUCAUUGAUAACAACGGCUCGCUCCGAAUAGCAGAUUUCGGUCUAGCACGCGCAUAUGAUCCGAACGUCAUCCACGGUAUAACGGAUCAACGUGGGAGAGAAAAGAAGUACACAAACUGUGUCGUGACGAGGUGGUACCGUCCUCCAGAGCUACUGCUCGGCGCGCGACAGUACGGCGGAGAAGUAGAUAUCUGGGGUAUAGGAUGCGUUCUCGGAGAGAUGUUCAUGCGCAGGCCAAUUCUUCCUGGAUCGUCGGACAUUGACCAAUUGGAGAAGAUUUGGCAGUUGUGCGGCACGCCGAAUCAGCAUACGUGGCCAAAUUACGAUGCACUACCAGGGUGCGAGGGUGUCAAGCGGUUCAAUCAGACUUACUCCAAGAAGUUGAGAGCAGCAUAUGAAAGUAUCGGCGCCGAGACAUGUGACCUCCUGGAUAAGCUCCUCACAUGCAAUCCAAGAGAUCGUAUCACUGCCUCGCAAGCCCUUGACCACGAUUAUUUCUGGACUGACCCACUCCCUGCUGACCCCAAAACUCUUCCAUCAUAUGAAGCCUCGCACGAAUUUGAUAAGCGCGGACGACGCAAUCAGCCGCCACCGGGUAUCAUGCCUCCCGACGGCUACUUCAGACCACACCCUCUGCCACAUCAACCACCAGCGUUCUAUCCUCGCGGCCCGCCGCACCGCCCAGGUCCGCCGCCGCCGCCUGUCAUCGUGUCCGCGUUGUUGCAGCAUCAAGGUGGUGGCCAGCAUUCUGGUAACCAACAUCCCGGUGGUCAGCAUCCCGGCGGCGCUGGGUAUCCUUCCCGUGGGAUGCAUCCGCCACGUCAAGCUCCUCGUGCCAUGGACCAUCCUGCUCAUCUACCACCACGACCUAUGGCUCCCAUGGGCUCCGGUCCACCAUACAGUGGUCGUGGCCCACGGCGGACAGGAGGGGGGCGACAUGCAAGUGGAGGGAGCAACGCGACAGCCGGAGGAGGUCUGCCGUACUCCUAA